AUGUCGGCUUCGCACGGACAGAAGGUCACUACCGACCCCGCAUCCAAGAUUCCUAUCAAUGAGGGUGUUGGCACCGUAACUUCAGACUCUCUAGCAGGCGAGUCUCUGAAGAACUCUGGCUCCUUUGGCGAGGGCAACCCUAAGGCUGCAGCAAGCAAGCAGCCAUCCUCAUCAACCACCACGAACACCACCGACACUACCAACGCCACUAAGCUCGAUGCCGCUGUUAACGCCGAGGCGCGCGACGCACAAGAAGGAUGGAAUGAGGAGAAGAUCAUGAGCUCAGGCAAGGGUCUGAGCGGUGCUUCAUCAGGAGGUGCGGCUGGCACAGCACCAACCGGUCUUGCUGCUGGAAAGAAUGUCGACCCAAGCGUCCUUCAGCCCAAGGGCGCCAACUUGACAGAAGAUCCCAACAUGAGCGGCAACACCAAGUUUGGUGAGAUCGGUACAAAAGACGACCCUGCUAGGCAAGCAGAGCUCGACCUCUCCAAGAGGACUGCAGCUAGUGCUGGGGUUGAAAACAAGGACCUGGCCCAGGGCGGCGACAGCAAGUUCAGCGCCUUGGGAGACACUACCGCUUGA